CUACUUCUGUACCAUCUUUUCCCGAUGAUGUCGCUACAAGCACAGAAUAACGAAUUUUUUAUCGUUCUUUCAAUCCGUGUUCUAGUCAAAUUAAAUUAAAAGUCAAAAGUUUGAUUUUCGUUUUCCAAUUUAAACUGUAGUGCCAAUAUUAAAUUUAGCUUACACAAUUAGUUUAAUCGAAUUUUUUUUUUUUCGUUUUACUCAAGAGCAGUGGUUGCAAAAUACAAUAGUCUUAAGAAAGACAUAAAAAGAAAAAAAAUGGUAUAUUGAUUUGUUCAAGAAACUCGCUCAAUCUUGAUGAGAAAAUGUUGGUAUCUAACUAAUUUUUUGAUAAAUGAAUUAAAAAUCACUGUUUCGUUGAAAUUUGAUAGUUGUUCCAAAUUUUAAUCACAUGAAUUUGUCAAAAUACUGUUAAAUACAUUAUUAAUAAAUUAUCAAAUGGAGAAUUAUGGGGAUUUGUCGGAUUCCAAAACGAAUCAAGUGAAAACAAUAUCAAAAGUUUAUUCGGAUGUCCUAGCAAACAAACCGAGUUCAUAUUAUGAAUAUGACAAUUACAACCCGCAAUACGAAGCAGUAGAUAAUUAUAGUCUAAUUCAAAAAUUAGGCCACGGAAAGUACAGUAUUGUUUUCGAGGGUUUGAAUGAAGCCAAGAACGAAAGAGUCGUGAUAAAAAUGCUGAAACCAGUAAGGAAAAGAAAAAUUAAACGAGAAAUAAAAAUUCUGGAUUGCCUCAAAGGCGGCACGAAUAUUGUGAAACUCUUGUCUGUUGUGAACAUGCCUAACACUGCGUUGGUUUUCGAACAGUUGGUUCAUAAUGAGGAUUUUAAAAAUAUUUAUUUAAAAUUAAGCGAGGGCGAUACCAGAUAUUAUUUGUAUGAAGUUUUGAAGGCUUUGGAUUACUGCCACAGCCGCGGCAUUAUGCACAGAGACGUGAAGCCUCAUAAUAUCGUAAUAGAUCAAAAUAGCUGUAAAAUUAGAUUGAUAGAUUGGGGAUUGGCCGAAUUUUAUCAUCCUGGACAAGAAUAUAAUGUCCGAGUGGCUUCUAGGUACUUCAAAGGACCGGAAUUGUUGGUCGAUUACGGCUAUUACGAUUAUUCCUUAGAUAUGUGGUCUCUCGGAUGUAUGUUCGCCUCCAUGCUGUUUCGAAAGGAGCCGUUUUUUCAUGGAUUGGAUAAUUACGAUCAGUUAGUUAGGAUUGUCAAAGUAUUAGGAACGAUCGAACUCAACGCAUACUUGACCAAAUACAACAUAACCAUAGAUAAAAAGUUGCAAAAUUUGCUUGGUACGCAUACGAGGAAAUCGUGGCAGCGAUUCGUUCACACCGAAAACGAAUAUCUCAUAAACGAUCACUCGCUAAAUCUCCUAGAAAAUUUGCUAAAGAUCGAUCACACUGAACGGAUAACAGCCAGAGAGGCGCUCAAUCACAAAUAUUUCGCGCCCGUAAGGCGAAAAAUCCAGAACAAAUCAUCACCAGUGUUGCCCAAUCACUCAUCGUUGCUAGAAGAAACGAAGUAAAGGCGAUUGUUUUUUUUUUUUUCGAGGUCUUAAGACUGAUAUGCUAUUAGUAAUUGACAGUUUCCAAAAUCCAAAUACAUUUAUCUAGUUAGUUAUGUAAAACAUUAUU